AUGGCAGAAACAGGGCCGUUAUUAGUUGAUGCACAAACAACGCAUUCCUCAUCAGAUCUCAAGAAAUUUACUCUUGUAGUAUCAUUUUUUGUGAUCUCCUUGAUUUCAUUUCUUGGACAAACAGAAGUUACUCAAUAUAUUUACUCGUCACCAAAAUAUCAAUUCAACCAGCCGUAUUUCUUAUUAUUUUUGACACAUGGGUCAUGGAUGCUCUUAUGGCCUAUACAAUUGGUGGGGGUCGGGUUGUGGAACAUUUACCAUGAUAAUAAAGGUAAAUAUCUUAGAUUGGAAGAUAUAAGGCAGGCUGAUUAUUUCAAAGGGAAUCUACAACAAUAUAUAAGAAAAGAAAUACAAUCGGCGUACAAAAUCUCAGAGAUCAUAUACAAUCAUCAUAAUGGAUGGUUGCCUGAUAAUCCUCAUAUUUCCCAAUUUGAUUACGAUAAUUUGUCUUUCAUCAGUUUCUUCAGCUGCUCUGCUGCUGUCAAGUAUAUUAUCAAGAGAUCACUAUUGGCAACCCUUAUCAUUACCACGGCAUCCAUUACCUGGUAUGUGGCAAUGAUUUAUUCUUAUUCUAAUGAUGUCACUGCCAUCUAUAAUUGUUGUGCAUUUUUCGCGUACUUAUUCUCGAUCCCCUUAUUGAAAGAACAGUUUUCUUGGUUAAAAAUAAGCAGUGUGACCAUUGCCAUUAGUGGGGUGUUUAUGGUGGUUUAUAGCGGUAAUCAGACUGAAGAGUCUACCAAAUCUCAUAGAUUUUUUGGUAAUAUUUUGAUUUCCCUUGGGUCAAUCUGUUAUGGCUAUUACGAUGUGUAUUACAAAAAAUAUCUUUGUGUUCCACAUCAUAGCCAUCGUAUGGUUGAUUCGAAACAACAAACGUUGUAUUCUAACUUUAUCUGCUCUUUAAUUGGUGGGUCUAGUGUUUUGAUUUUAUCUAUAUUGAUUGUUUUCAUCCAUGUCUCUGGUUUGAAGAAGUUCAGCAUUGAUUAUCCACUUAGUAUUUGGUUUUUUGUUUCGAUUUCUGUGCUCUGCAACUUGUUGUAUUCCUCUGCAAUGUUGGUUUUAUAUGCAUUGACCUCUCCAGUCUUAGGAGCUGUUAGUUCAUUAACAACAAUUUUUUUGGUUGGUAUGUUUGAAUGGCUUGUGUUUGGUAAUGGAUUGAAUGGGUUUCAGUUGUUUGGGGAUGUGAUAGUUAUUGUUGGUUUCGGUGUUUUAAGUUACGCUUAUUGGAAGGAAAUAGUGACAGAGGACAAUGGGGAGUAG